GAAACGAUGGUGCACAACGUGUGCAUGGUGUCCGACUUCUUCUUCCCCAACACAGGGGGAGUAGAGAGCCACAUCUAUCAGCUCUCACAGUGUUUGUUACAGCGUGGACACAAGGUUGUUGUCAUCACCCAUGCGUAUGGCCACAGGACAGGAGUCCGCUAUCUCACCAACAACCUGAAGGUGUACUACCUCCCCCUCAUGGUGGCCUACAAACAAUGUAUCCUCCCCACGCUAUUCGCCACACUCCCCAUCAUCCGCAACAUUUUACUCCGAGAGGAGAUCACGAUCGUUCACGGUCACUCGGCGUUCUCGGCGCUGGCUCACGAGGCGAUGUUCCACGCCUGCACGAUGGGCAUCAGCACGGUCUUCACCGACCACUCCCUGUUCGGGUUCGCCGACGCGAGCUCCAUUCUCACCAACAAGAUCCUCAAGUUCUCCCUUGCAGAUGUUAAACAUGUCAUCUGUGUUUCUCACACAAGUAAAGAGAACACAGUGUUACGAGCAGCCCUGGCCCCACACAAGGUGUAUGUUAUCCCCAACGCUGUGGAUUCCACAGUCUUCACUCCUGACCCUUCCCAGCGGAGGGCAGACAGGACCACAGUGGUGGUCAUGAGUCGACUGGUCUACAGGAAGGGCAUCGACCUUCUGGCUGGCAUUAUCCCAGAACUGUGUGCAAGUCAUCCAGACGUCCACUUCCUGAUUGGUGGAGACGGGCCAAAGCGGAUCCUGCUGGAGGAGGUACGAGAACAGUACCAGCUGCACGACAGGGUACAGCUGCUGGGAUCUGUCAAUCAUGAGGAUGUCCGUGACGUCCUGGUACAGGGGGACAUUUUCCUCAACACGUCCCUGACCGAGGCCUUCUGUAUCGCCAUCGUGGAGGCGGAGGCGUGCGGCCUGCAGGUCGUCAGCACGCGGAUCGGCGGCGUUCCCGAGGUCCUACCCGACGAGCUCAUCUACCUCGCGGAACCCAGCGUAAAAUCGUUACUCAUCGCUUUAGAAAACGCCGUGGAGGACAAAAAACGAGGACGGAUCGUUUCGCCACGAGAGAGACACGAACGCAUCGGGAGGAUGUACACGUGGCAGGACGUGGCGCGCCGGACGGAGAUCGUGUACGACGCAACGGCGGAACUUCCCGGCUCGACCCUCGCAGACAGGAUACACAGAUACAGCCACAGCGGCAGUGGAUGGGUGCUGUUUGUGUUGCUCAUAGUGAUUGUGAACUACUUGUUUUGGAAGCUUUUGGAGAUACUUGUACCUAGGAAGAAAAUAGAGCUCGUACCAUCACUGAUUGCGAAGUCAUCACAAAGGGAAGCCACAUGAUUUUAGCUGUUGUCGAUAAUCAAUUAUAAUUGGUUAUACACUACACAGACAACCAGACCAGAUGGCUGUCACCAUGGUUGGUGACACCCUGUAGUGUUGGAUUACAUUGUGUAGAAAACUGGUCACCAUACAUAAUAUGCAUGUGUUCAAGAAUAAACAGCACAGUAUUUUCUUGGGCUAGACCAUCAGAAUGUAAAUGUUGUGUAUUUGCUUUGCAA